UGGUUUCCAACUUCUCUGAAACAGAGGACCAAGUGUGUCCUUCAAGUCUUCUGCUAGAUGAAGUAGCAGUUGCAGACUUGGUAAGCAGAGUGAGACAAGGCCAGCUAUUGAACAAAUGGGAUGUCGGUAAGACUUUCUUCAAUCUUCCUUGAUUAUCCGAUUCUCAAUUCUCAAACCAACGGAAUCUCUCACACUUCCCCUUACUUUUGUGAUCUCAGACUCAAGAAGAUAUAGGCACAAGUGAUACACUGAUUGGAUCGUUGUUGGGGUCCAUUUCCGAGGUGAUCAGAUCUUUGGAGUCCUUACAAGCAGAAACAGAGAGGUUCCUCGAAUGCGCUUGCUACUUUUAUCGAGUUUCAGUGGUGUUAAUGGAGAUACAAACAGCAGAGAGUAACGUCAUAUGUUCGAUUGAUAUCUUUGAAUCACUAUCUGAGAGUAUAGAUGUGGCAAAGGACCUGGUUGAGAAAUCUCAAGAAAGCAAUGCAAAGGAACCAACUACUGAUCUGAGAAGUAUUGAGGCAGGUUUUGAAGGCGUUGUGAAGCAGAUGGGUGAAACCUUGCAGUCCAUACCUGAAUCAAUAUUUGACGAGGAAGAAUAUAUAGGGGUUGUAAUCCAGUCUCUGUCAAAUGAGAUGCAGAAUGCUAACAUUGGAGAUGGUAGCAAAAGUGAGAUGAUAGAGAACGGGCAGCAGAAGAUUUCUGUAAAGCAUACACCGGAAAUUGUGUCAGAGCAGAUAGAGACAGAUCUCUAUCCCACUGAUCCUGAAUUUUCCUAUGAAAGUUACAUGAUGUAUAGUGAAUCACAAUCCCAAAUGACCGAUAUAGCAGAUAUCCCAAGCCAGAGCACAGUUGUUAGCAGCCAGAGAAAGUAUGGAAAUCUUAGUGAAUCACAAUCACAAAUUACUGAGUUACCAGAUAUUCCAAGCCAGAGCACGAAUGCUAGCAGCCAGAGGAAAUAUGGAAAUCUUAGUGAAUCCUUGUCAAUGUUACCACAAGUGACACAGUUCAUGGAGCCCCCAUACCAAGCUUUCAUCUGCCCAUUGACCAAAGAGAUAAUGGAAGAUCCAGUCACAACGGAAACAGGAGUGACCUGCGAAAGAAAAGCAGUAGCAGAGUGGUUUGACAGUUUUGGAAACUCCGAUGAGAUUAGCUGUCCAGUUACCGGGGGAAAAUUGACAACCGAAUUAACUGUCAAUGUUGUCUUGAAAACCAUAAUUAAGGAAUGGAAAAUACGAAAUGAAGCAGCAAGAAUCAAAGUGGCUCAUGCAGCUUUAUCCUUAGGCGGGUCAGAAAGUAUGGUUAUCGACGCAUUAAGAGAUCUGCAAAUGACCUGUGAAGGGAAAGAGUACAACAAGGUACAAGUCCGUGAAGCUGGGAUCAUUCAGCUGCUUGAUAGAUACCUGACGUACAGAAGUAAAGAUGUGAGGUAUGAACUGUUACAGUUAUUAAGAACACUGGCGGAUGAAGACACUGAUGCUGGAAAGGAAAUGAUUGUGAAGACCAUAACUAUGUCAUGCGUAAUCAAACUUUUGGGAAGCAGUCACCAGCCUGUAAGACAUGCUGCACUAGCCUUACUGCUUGAGCUUUCGAAAUCCCGACAUGCAUGUAAAAAGAUUGGGACUGCUACGGGGGCGAUACUGAUGUUAGUCACCGCAAAGUAUAACAGAGAGUUGGAUGCCUUUGCGUCUGAAACAUCAGAUCAAAUCUUAAGAAAUCUAGAGAAGUGUCCUGAGAACAUCAAGCAAAUGGCAGAGAGUGGGCUAUUGGAACCUCUUCUGGGACAUCUAACAGAAGGGAGUGAAGAGACACAAGUGGCAAUGGCUGUGUACCUUGUGGAAAUUGAUAUUGGACAUGAGAAAAAAACUUAUGUAGCUGAGAAGGCUUGCCCUGCGCUCAUCAGGCUGGUGCAAUGUGAAAAUAUUGACGCUAGAAGAGCCGCCUUCAAAGCACUUGCUCAUAUUUCAUUGUAUCACCCCAACAACCAGAUACUGGUAGAAGUUGGCAUCAUCAAGAUCAUGGUUGAAGAGAUGUUCACCAAGCGAAUGUUCAGUGAUCUGAUGAACUCCAGGAAUGAAGCUGCUACAAUACUUGCAAACAUACUGGAAUCUGGGCUGGAACAUGAGACCUUUGAGGUGAAUACUCAUGGGCACACAUUAGGCUCGGAUUACUUUGUAUACAACAUCAUCCACAUGCUCAAGAACUCAAGCCCAGAUGAUCUUAACAUUGAUUUGAUCAGGAUUCUCCUAUCCUUGUCCAAAUCACCCAGAGCAAUGGCAACAAUUGUCUCAGUGAUCAAAGAAACCGACGCAAGCUUUGCCAUGAUAGAACUCAUCAACAAUCCUCAUGACCAAUUGGGGGUUGGAGCAUUAAAACUUCUGAUAGCACUUACACCCUACAUCGGUCACACGCUAUCAGAGAGACUAUGUAAAACUAGAGGCCAGCCAGAGAAUCUUAUUCAGUGCCCGGUUGAAGCAAAUCAGAUAACAGAAAAGCAUGCUGUUUCAGCCAAAUUACUUGCUAAACUGCCGCAUCAAAAUCUGACUCUUAAUUUAGCACUGGUCAACGAGAGCAUAGUGUCUGAAAUUCUGCAUGCAAUCCAUCUGAUUCAAAGAAGUGGAACACGAACAAGCAGGUAUGCAACUGAUUUUCUGGAAGGUCUCGUUGGCAUCUUAGUGAGAUUCACAACUACACUGUACGAGCCCCAAAUGAUGUACCUAGCCAGAAACCACAAUUUGACAUCAGUGUUUGUUGAUUUAUUGAUGAAAACAUCAAGCGAUGAAGUUCAAAGGUUAUCAGCAACUGGACUAGAAAAUCUAUCAUCUACAACUAUGACUUUAUCGAGGCCACCCCAACCCAGGAGCACGAAAUUCAUGGGAUCACUGAGCAUGCCUAGGUCUUUCUCCCUCCGUUCAUCCAAAAAGAAGCAAAUAGAGAUCUGCGCAAUCCACAGGGGGGUAUGUUCUGCAAAAAACACGUUUUGCUUGGUUGAAGCAAAUGCAAUCACAAAGCUUCUAACAUGUUUGCAGAGUGAUAAAGUGGAAGUAGUGGAGUCAGCAUUAGCUGCUAUAUGCACGCUAUUAGAUGACAAGGUUGAUGUGGAGAAGAGUUUAAGCAUGCUGAGUGAAAUGAAUGCGGUACAACGAAUUCUAAAUGCAGUCAAAGAACACAAGAAAGAGUCUCUAUUGCAGAAAGCAUUUUGGAUGAUUGACAAGUUCAUUAUUAGAGGCGGAGAUAAGUAUGCCAGUGACAUAUCACAGGAUAGGAUGCUGUCAGGUAUGUUGGUUAGUGCCUUCCAUCGUGGAGAUGGUAACACAAGGCAGAUGGCAGAAAAUAUUUUGAGGCGUUUGGACAAGAUGCCAAGUUUCUCUACUUAUAUCACAUAAAUAUAUCCCAUUAAAAAUUGACAUGUGAAACCUUAACUGUUACGAACUAUUGCCCAUUCUCUCUACUCACUGUGUAUAAAGUUUUCAAUUUGAAUUAAACUUUACGUUGUGGUCACAAAAGAUAGUAGUAGUUCAAUAGAGGUUACAACUUAACAUCCUCCUCACAACUUUGAUCAUUACAAUGCGAUAACUUUACGUUUUA